AAGAAAUGCCUCGAGAAUAAUUUUUUCUUAUCCGCUCAUACACUUUCCUUUCCCUUUUUUUUUUCCCUUUUCACUUUUCGUGCCUUUUUUUAACGCGGCCUCAGCGACCUAGACCUGUUCUUGUCUCCUUUCCCCCCAUUCUCUUUUCCAUUUUUGAAACACUACGUAAUUUUGGAAGACAGCGGCAGCUCUCUUAUAUGCCCUUAUCUUCAGUUUCCUUUGUCUCACCCAUUCCAUCAGUCUACUCGGGACCUCUUCUUUCCCGACGACUCAUCUCACCAUGUCGGCUCUUUCCUGUCUUAUACUUUAUGAUGGCUGUGCUGGUACCGGUUGGAGGACCUGUUUUCUGCACCUUGCCACAUCUGCUUGUCCUUUUCUUUUCUUUUUUUUUUUUUUUUACCUUUAAUCAUGGUUGCGUUUGUUCGUCUCAUCUCUCCGUUCCCCUCUCUUUUUUCGUAUUGCUCGUCGUCUCUCCUGUUUCCUUGCUAUCUCUGGUAUGUAUGUACGGUACAUAUAGGUCGUUGAUUCCAGACAAAAUGUAUGCAAUAGUCACUUCUACAAGGGUCCAGGUUGUCUAGGUAUGUAAUGGAUAGGAUAGGAUAGGGUAGGAUAGACUAUAUGUACAUCUCGUCCCGGAUUCCGAGAGUCAGGAGUAGAAUCGGCAGACCGUCAAAACGCCACCAGCGCCCUGCCGAAUCGAGCAUCAACUCCGGGAGGGUCUAAAUGAAACUGUCCGGAGG